AUGCUGCUUAUGCCACCCUCCCUGAGCCAGCCCUCCACCAUGGAGCUGGCUUGGGAGGACGGUGUGAGGAGGACACGACAGCCAUGCACCCUUCGAUCCCAGGCCCUCGAAGUUACCUGCCUCGGUAGGAGCUUCGGGACACAUUUUGUCACCUCCUAUAUGCAGAAUUAUGCAGAGUCUGGCAAGUUUGAGCUGCAGAUCACCGCUUACUCUGACUCGACCACCGUGACAGUCUCUGUCCCUUGCGAAGGCUGCCCACAGCAGGAGAACUUUGAAAGAAGACUCACUGUGGAUAAGGGGAAGAUGGUGCAAGUUGAGCUCCCAAAGUUUGUGGAAAUCAUCGGCAGCAAAGUUUUCUCUAGCGUUGUCCGGAUCCAGUCAGACAAAGAUGUGUCAGUGAUAUCCUUGAGCUCCAAGCCUUACAGCACAGAGACUGCUCUGCUCUACCCUGUGAGCAGUUUAGGGACUGAGCAUUAUGUUGUGGGUCCUGCCAUAGCCCCUGCAGGAUAUUUACAAGAGUUUGCUGUCUUAACCACCCAGGGACCUAAUGUGGUCGAUAUCACCCUGAAGAGCCAGGUGAACUUCAAUGGGAAAACAUACAGUGCAGGAAGUAAACUGAGUGUGACACUAAAUGCUUUCACUGGAGUCCAGUUGCAAGGAAAAGGUGAUCUCUCUGGCACCAGGAUUGUCUCUCAGCUACCAGUGGCUGUCCUGUCCGGCCAUGUCUGUUCGUGGAGGUACACUAAAUGCAACCAUGUCUUUGAGCAGCUCCUGCCUGUGUCCAACUGGGGGAAGACGUUUGUGGCCCCUCCUAUACCUUGGCAGACCAAAACUGACACCCUUUAUGUCUCAGCAUCCCAAGCCACCAGUGUGAACUACCAGAUGGGUACAUCAAAGCAGACGAUAAAACUAGGAGGCGGGGAGGUCAAGCAGAUUCAGAUUUCACCCAAAACCCCAAUCUACCUCUCAGCCGAUGUUCCGGUACAGCUGUUCCUCUAUAGUAAUGGUGCAAGCACCCGGUCUUUUAGUUAUGACACCUUCUUCAUAGGGAUACCAUACAUCGAAAGUUACAGCCUCUCGUACAGUGUGAUUGGGCAGGUCAGCUUUCAGAACUCUAUUCUUUUGGUGGUGAAGAGUCUGGAGACUGGUGGUCUCACGGUGAAUGAGAAGCUCCUGAGCGGAGUGACGUGGAGUCCAGUUCCUGGCUCAGAGUACUCUUGGGGGAGAUAUGACCUGCCAAAUGCACUUGUGCCCUACAUCGUGGCAAACCCCAAGUCCCCUUUUUGCCUCAUCAGUGUGGGCAUUGCAAGUAUGAAUGGAUAUGGGUCGCCUGGUGCCGGCAGAGACCCUGAACCAGAACUCACCUGUAGCAAUGUGCUGUGCCGUAGAGGCAUGGUGUGCAAGAUGAUAAAUGGUCAACCGAACUGUGUGCCAUCCUCCAAUGCUACCUGCUGGGCAAUGGGUGACCCACACUACAAAACUUUUGACGGACGCAAGUAUGACUUCCAAGGCACUUGCACCUACACUUUUGUCAAGACCCGUGCUGAAACCUUUGGACUCCCAUCUUUCCAUAUCUUUGCCAAGAAUGAAAACCGGGGGAACAAAGCAGUGUCCUAUGUUUCAGUGGUGACAACUGAGGUUUAUGGGUACACCAUCACCAUGACCAGAUCAAAAAAUUGUUUUGUAGAGGUCAAUGGUAUCCGGGCACACUUGCCCAUUUAUCUGAAGGAUGGGAACUUGCAAGUUUUGCAGGUUGGCACCUCUGUCAUGAUUUCCACUGACUUCCAGAUGCAAGUAUCUUACGACUGCAAUCACCAUCUCCGCGUCACCAUCAGCAGUGCUUAUCAGGAGGCUGUUGGUGGCCUAUGUGGGAAUUAUAAUGAGAAUCCCAGCGAUGAUUUCGAAACCCCUGCAGGCACCACAGCCCCCUCCGUCCCAGCCUUUGGUGAAAGCUGGGUGGUGACGACUGAUGGCAGCCUUUGCUGGCAUGAUUGCAAUGGGCCUUGUAAGGCUUGUGAAUCCGAUCAGGCCAAGAAGUACGAGUCAGAGGCCUACUGUGGUCUGCUAACCAAGGUUUCCAACGGCCCCUUUGCUUCUUGCCAUGCCAAGGUGCCCCCCACAAUCUACUUUACGGACUGUGUGUUUGACGUCUGCUCCACCAAAGGCAACAAACAGUCCUUGUGUGAUAUCCUGGCAGCCUAUGCCAAUGCCUGCCAGAACGAGGGUGCCCAGAUUGGUGACUGGAGAAGGGACUCUGGCUGCUAUCUGGAGUGUCCUCCGAACAGCCAGUACCAAAUCUGCGGAACAGCCUGCCCAGCCACCUGCAUGGAUGACCAAGCUCAAGGGCCAAAGCUCUGCCCAGCUGUGUGCGUCGAAGGCUGCCAGUGCCUUGCUGGUUUUGUGCAGAGCCAAGGAUCCUGCAUCCCCAAGAGCAGCUGCGGUUGUGUGUAUGAAGGGCGCCCCUAUGCCCCCAAUGAGGCUUUCUGGGCAGAUGACAUGUGCCGGAAGCGUUGUGUGUGCAACCCGGCCAGGAGGGUGGUGGAGUGUGCAGAUAGUGCUUGCAAACCAACAGAACGGUGCCAAGUGGUCAAAGGCGUGCGGGGAUGCUAUCCAACUGGGAACAGCACCUGCUCUGCAUCUGGGGAUCCCCACUACUGGACCUUUGACAAAAAGAGAUUUGAUUUCCAAGGGCCCUGUGCCUACGUGCUUGCUGAGGUUUUCAACAGACCCCAGGAACUGGAAGGGUUCAGCGUCUAUGUUCAAAAUGAACACCGGGGGAAUGCUGCUGUGACCUGGACCCGGAGUAUUCAAGUCAACAUCUAUGAUGUUGAGAUUAUAGUCAGCAGGCAACAUCCCGGCAAAGUCUUGGUCGACGGCUUGCUCACCUUCCUUCCCUAUAGUGCAGCUGGAGGAAGAAUCAAGUUAUAUAGGAAGGCCCAGGAUGCUGUGAUUGACACUGACAUUGGCCUUGUGGUGACCUGUAACUGGAACGGCGAGGUAUCAGUCACGGUGCCCAACACCUAUGCCAACACCCUGCGUGGCCUGUGUGGAAACUUCAAUGGGAACCCUGCAGAUGAUGGCCUUGUGCCUGGGAGCAUCCUCACUCCCGAUAGGCCAGUAUUUGGCGGCAGCGGAUUUGAGAGCAUUGACCCCAAAUGCAAGGAGAUAGCGGACCCCAAAUGCCCAGGGAUGGAAGAAUUAGCAGCCCAGCAGCGUGCAGCAGGCCAGGAAUGUGGGCUUAUUCUGGCCAAGGAUGGGCCCUUCCGGGAAUGCCACGGCCAGGUUGACGAAGAGGGCGCCUUCCAAGAUUGUAUUUAUGACUUUUGUUUCACCAAGGGACGCUAUGCCUUCUUGUGCGCAGCCAUCGCUAGCUAUGCCACAAACUGCCAAGCUGUUGGGGUCACCAUAUACCCCUGGAGGUCUGCAACCUUCUGCCCCCCACCCUGUCCGUUAAACAGUCACUAUGAACAUUGUGCCAAGGCCUGUGACCAGACCUGCAGCAGCCUGCAUGUCCCGCCUCAAUGCCCAGAGAAGUGUGAGGAGGACUGUGUGUGCAAUGAGGGCUUUGUCAGGAGCGCUGACACUUGUGUCCCUAUGUCUGAGUGUGGAUGCUUCUACAAGGGACGCUACUAUCCAGCCUUGGAAUAUUUCUAUCCAACUUGCGAGGAACGUUGCAGGUGCGAGGCCGGUGGAAACGUGGUGUGUCAUACCGCUCCCUGCACCCCCAAUGAAGAAUGCAAAACAGUGGAAGGGUACCGCAAGUGCUACCCAGUUGGAAACGCCACCUGCUCGGUUGUUGGUGACCUCUAUCUGUCCUUUGAUGGUGGGAUCAUUAACUUCCAGGGCACCUGCACCUACUUCUUAACCAAGCUGCAGAAGCCGAACGAGAGCUUGAAACCCCUAGCUGUUAUUGUCAAGAAUGAGCCUUGGGGUAAUGGGAAGAUCACACUUCCCACGAUGGUCUCUGUGGAGGUCCUUGGCGUUCAGCUUACGCUGCUGAGGAACAAAUGGGGAGUAGUGCUGGUGGAUGGAGUAUCGCAACACCUCCCUGUGAAUCUUUUUUCUGGGCAUCUCAGAAUCUUUCAGCAUGGGGUCAGUAUCACAAUAGUCUCCACCUUUGGCUUUGCACUGACCUAUGAUCAGUUUUCCCACGUGAGGCUCACUAUUCCCAGCAUCUACCAGGACUACGUAGGCGGCUUGUGUGGGAACUACAAUGGAGACAAGAGUGAUGAUCUCCAGCUCCCUGAUGGCACCGUGGUCACUGAUGUGAAUAAAUUUGCUGCUGCCUGGAAAAUUCCAGUUGUGGGCGUAUCAUGCACAGAUGGGUGUGUUGCAGAGGGCUGCGCAGUCUGUGAGGAGGAGAAGAAAGAAGCUUUCAAACAGCCCAGCUCCUGUGGGCUCCUCACUGCAUCCAAUGGUCCAUUCAGUGCGUGCCAUGCCAUAGUGAAGCCCGAGCCAUAUCUGGACAACUGCAUCAAUGACCUGUGUGUAGGAGGUGGUGACCAACAGAUCCUGUGCCACAGCCUCCAGAGCUACAUGAAAGCCUGCCAGGAGGCCAGGGUCCCUAUUGAGCCUUGGAGAAGUGCAACCUUCUGCCCCCUGACUUGCCCUGCCAACAGUUAUUAUACCACUUGUUCCAACAUCUGUGAAACCAACUGUGCUGGACUGACUGACCACAUUCGAUGCCCGGAAUACUGUGUCGAGGGCUGCCAGUGUGAUGCUGGCUUCUUCUUUGAUGGCCUCAAAUGCAUCUCCUUGGAAGAGUGUGGUUGCUUUGAGCGUGGCAGAUAUUUCCCGCCUAAUGAACCUGUGGUGUUCAAUGACUGUAAGGAGAAAUGCAUCUGCACUGCAGCUGGAGGGUUCAGUUGUGAGGCCAUCACUUGCCAAGGAGAAGAAACUUGUGAGGUGAUCGACGGCGUCAUGCAGUGCUACAACAAAGAUGUACCACGACCCAGCUGUGCCACUGUAAAGUGCCGAAGAGGCAUGGAAUGCCAGAUGAUGAAUGGUCAACCACAAUGUGUACCAUCCUCUAAUGCUACGUGCUGGGCAAUGGGUGACCCACACUACAACACUUUUGAUGGACGCAAGUAUGACUUCCAAGGCACUUGCACCUACACUUUUGUCAAGACACGUGCUGAAAUCUUUGGACUCCCAUCUUUCCAUAUCUUUGCCAAGAAUGAAAACCGGGGGAACAAAGCAGUGUCCUAUGUUUCAGUGGUGACAACUGAGGUUUAUGGGUACACCAUCACCAUGACCAGAUCAAAAAAUUGUUUUGUAGAGGUCAAUGGUAUCCGGGCACACUUGCCCAUUUAUCUGAAGGAUGGGAACUUGCAAGUUUUGCAGGUUGGCACCUCUGUCAUGAUUUCCACUGACUUCCAGAUGCAAGUAUCUUACGACUGCAAUCACCAUCUCCGCGUCACCAUCAGCAGUGCUUAUCAGGAGGCUGUUGGUGGCCUAUGUGGGAAUUAUAAUGAGAAUCCCAGCGAUGAUUUCGAAACCCCUGCAGGCACCACAGCCCCCUCCGUCCCAGCCUUUGGUGAAAGCUGGGUGGUGACGACUGAUGGCAGCCUUUGCUGGCAUGAUUGCAAUGGGCCUUGUAAGGCUUGUGAAUCCGAUCAGGCCAAGAAGUACGAGUCAGAGGCCUACUGUGGUCUGCUAACCAAGGUUUCCAACGGCCCCUUUGCUUCUUGCCAUGCCAAGGUGCCCCCCACAAUCUACUUUACGGACUGUGUGUUUGACGUCUGCUCCACCAAAGGCAACAAACAGUCCUUGUGUGAUAUCCUGGCAGCCUAUGCCAAUGCCUGCCAGAACGAGGGUGCCCAGAUUGGUGACUGGAGAAGGGACUCUGGCUGCUGUGAGUAUGCAAAGCGAGGCAAGGAAGGGGAUGAAGGGGGCCUUGUUUCAGAUGGGGGUCUUAAAGAUCUGGAGUGUCCUCCGAACAGCCAGUACCAAAUCUGCGGAACAGCCUGCCCAGCCACCUGCAUGGAUGACCAAGCUCAAGGGCCAAAGCUCUGCCCAGCUGUGUGCGUCGAAGGCUGCCAGUGCCUUGAGGGUUUUGUGCAGAGCCAAGGAUCCUGCAUCCCCAAGAGCAGCUGCGGUUGUGUGUAUGAAGGGCACCCCUAUGCCCCCAAUGAGGCUUUCUGGGCGGAUGACAUGUGCCGGAAGCGUUGUGUGUGCAACCCGGCCAGGAGGGUGGUGGAGUGUUCAGAUAGUGCUUGCAAACCAAUAGAACGGUGCCAAGUGGUCAAAGGCGUGCGGGGAUGCUAUCCAACUGGGAACAGCACUUGCUCUGCAUCUGGGGAUCCCCACUACUGGACCUUUGACAAAAAAAGAUUUGAUUUCCAAGGGCCCUGUGCCUACGUGCUUGCUGAGGUUUUCAACAGACCCCAGGAACUGGAAGGGUUCAGCGUCUAUGUUCAAAAUGAACACCGGGGGAAUGCUGCUGUGACCUGGACCCGGAGUAUUCAAGUCAACAUCUAUGAUGUUGAGAUUAUAGUCAGCAGGCAACAUCCCGGCAAAGUCUUGGUCGACGGCUUGCUCACCUUCCUUCCCUAUAGUGCAGCUGGAGGAAGAAUCAAGUUAUAUAGGAAGGCCCAGGAUGCUGUGAUUGACACUGACAUUGGCCUUGUGGUGACCUGUAACUGGAACGGCGAGGUAUCAGUCACGGUGCCCAACACCUAUGCCAACACCCUGCGUGGCCUGUGUGGAAACUUCAAUGGGAACCCUGCAGAUGAUGGCCUUGUGCCUGGGAGCAUCCUCACUCCCGAUAGGCCAGUAUUUGGCGGCAGCGGAUUUGAGAGCAUUGACCCCAAAUGCAAGGAGAUAGCGGACCCCAAAUGCCCAGGGAUGGAAGAAUUAGCAGCCCAGCAGCGUGCAGCAGGCCAGGAAUGUGGGCUUAUUCUGGCCAAGGAUGGGCCCUUCCGGGAAUGCCACGGCCAGGUUGACGAAGAGGGCGCCUUCCAAGAUUGUAUUUAUGACUUUUGUUUCACCAAGGGACGCUAUGCCUUCACGUGCGCAGCCAUCGCUAGCUAUGCCACAAACUGCCAAGCUGUUGGGGUCACCAUAUACCCCUGGAGGUCUGCAACCUUCUGCCCCCCACCCUGUCCGUUAAACAGUCACUAUGAACAUUGUGCCAAGGCCUGUGACCAGACCUGCAGCAGCCUGCAUGUCCCGCCUCAAUGCCCAGAGAAGUGUGAGGAGGACUGUGUGUGCAAUGAGGGCUUUGUCAGGAGCGCUGACACUUGCGUCCCUAUGUCUGAGUGCGGAUGCUUCUACAAGGGACGCUACUAUCCAGCCUUGGAAUAUUUCUAUCCAACUUGCGAGGAACGUUGCAGGUGCGAGGCCGGUGGAAACGUGGUGUGUCAUACCGCUCCCUGCACCCCCAAUGAAGAAUGCAAAACAGUGGAAGGGUACCGCAAGUGCUACCCAGUUGGAAACGCCACCUGCUCGGUUGUUGGUGACCUCUAUCUGUCCUUUGAUGGUGGGAUCAUUAACUUCCAGGGCACCUGCACCUACUUCUUAACCAAGCUGCAGAAGCCGAACGAGAGCUUGAAACCCCUAGCUGUUAUUGUCAAGAAUGAGCCUUGGGGUAAUGGGAAGAUCACACUUCCCACGAUGGUCUCUGUGGAGGUCCUUGGCGUUCAGCUUACGCUGCUGAGGAACAAAUGGGGAGUAGUGCUGGUGGAUGGAGUAUCGCAACACCUCCCUGUGAAUCUUUUUUCUGGGCAUCUCAGAAUCUUUCAGCAUGGGGUCAGUAUCACAAUAGUCUCCACCUUUGGCUUUGCACUGACCUAUGAUCAGUUUUCCCACGUGAGGCUCACUAUUCCCAGCAUCUACCAGGACUACGUAGGCGGCUUGUGUGGGAACUACAAUGGAGACAAGAGUGAUGAUCUCCAGCUCCCUGAUGGCACCGUGGUCACUGAUGUGAAUAAAUUUGCUGCUGCCUGGAAAAUUCCAGUUGUGGGCGUAUCAUGCACAGAUGGGUGUGUUGCAGAGGGCUGCGCAGUCUGUGAGGAGGAGAAGAAAGAAGCUUUCAAACAGCCCAGCUCCUGUGGGCUCCUCACUGCAUCCAAUGGUCCAUUCAGUGCGUGCCAUGCCAUAGUGAAGCCCGAGCCAUAUCUGGACAACUGCAUCAAUGACCUGUGUGUAGGAGGUGGUGACCAACAGAUCCUGUGCCACAGCCUCCAGAGCUACAUGAAAGCCUGCCAGGAGGCCAGGGUCCCUAUUGAGCCUUGGAGAAGUGCAACCUUCUGCCCCCUGACUUGCCCUGCCAACAGUUAUUAUACCACUUGUUCCAACAUCUGUGAAACCAACUGUGCUGGACUGACUGACCACAUUCGAUGCCCGGAAUACUGUGUCGAGGGCUGCCAGUGUGAUGCUGGCUUCUUCUUUGAUGGCCUCAAAUGCAUCUCCUUGGAAGAGUGUGGUUGCUUUGAGCGUGGCAGAUAUUUCCCGCCUAAUGAACCUGUGGUGUUCAAUGACUGUAAGGAGAAAUGCAUCUGCACUGCAGCUGGAGGGUUCAGUUGUGAGGCCAUCACUUGCCAAGGAGAAGAAACUUGCGAGGUGAUGAAUGGCAUCAUGCAAUGCUAUGGGAAAGGUCGUAUAUCUUCAAACUUAUAUUCCCAAGAGUACCACUGCUCCCUGAUGCCCGGAGCUCAACUAUCCACCUUUGAUGGCCUUUCUGGAAAAGUCCCUGCUCCUGGCACCUUUCAACUGACUUCCCUUUGUGACAUCAAGUCAGAUUAUUGGUUCCGUGUGAUUGUGGAGGUUUCGUCAUGUCCACCCAAUGGAGUAGUCACUGCCAACUUGCUCUAUUUCUUCUACAAGGGUCUAUUUAUUACUGUGAAUAGACAGAAGGAGGCCUGGGUGAAUGGGCUGCCAGUUCAGAUCCCAUCCAAAAUCACAGAGUCAAUAAUAUUUAAUCUGGAUGGUGAAGUCAUCACCCUGAGUUCACCUCAAGUUCAAGUAAAACUGAACCUAGCUGGAGGGGUGCAGGUGACUGCUAGUCCAGAUUUGAAAGGACAAGUAUGUGGGGCGUGUGGAAACUUCAACAAUGAUCAGACGGAUGACCUAAUUGGUCCAAAUGAAGUGAAAGUAACUGAUGUUCCUGGGUUGCUGACAUCUUGGACAGCCAGAGAUUUCACCCCCUGUGUGGCGUGA